ACUGGAGAGAAACCUUACAAAUGUAAUGAAUGUGGGAAAGCCUUUAGUCGGAAAGUAACACUUACCUGCCACCAGAAUAUUCAUACUGGAGAGAAACCUUAUGAAUGUAAGAAUUGUGGUAAAGCCUUCAGUCAGAAGACAGGACUUAGAAGACAUCAGAAAAUUCAUACUGGAGAGAAACCCUAUAAAUGCAAUGAAUGUGGGACAGCCUUCAGUCAGAAGAGAACACUUACUGAACAUCAGAAUAUUCAUACUGGAGAGAAACCUUAUGAAUGUAAUGAAUGUGGGAAGGCUUUCAAGCAAAAGAACACACUUACUGAACAUCAGAAUCUUCAUACUGGACACAAACCUUAUGAAUGUAGUGAAUGUGGGAAAGCCUUCAGUCAGAAGAAGAAACUUACUAGACAUCAGUAUAUUCAUACUGGAGAGAAACCUUAUGAAUGCAAGGAAUGUGGGAAAGCCUUCAGUCAGAAGAGAACACUUAUUGAACAUCACAAUAUUCAUACUGGAGAGAAACCUUAUGAAUGUAAGAAUUGUGGUAAAGCCUUCAGUCGGAAGACAGGACUUAAAAGUCAUCAGAAAAUUCAUACUGGAGAGAAACCCUAUAAAUGCAAUGAAUGUGGGACGGCCUUCAGUCAGAAGAGAAUACUUACUGAACAUCAAAAUAUUCAUACUGGAGAGAAACCUUAUGAAUGUAAUGAAUGUGGGAAGGCUUUCAAGCAAAAGAACACACUUACUGAACAUCAGAAUAUUCAUACUGGAGACAAACCUUAUGAAUGUAGUGAAUGUGGGAAAGCCUUCAGUCGGAAGACAGGACUUACAAAUCAUCAGAAAAUUCAUACUGGAGAGAAACCUUAUGAAUGCAAGGAAUGUGGGAAAGCCUUCAGUCGGAAGAGAACACUUAUUGAACAUCACACUACUCAUACUGGAGAGAAACCUUAUGAAUGUAAGAAUUGUGGUAAAGCCUUCAGUCGGAAGACAGUACUUACAAGACAUCAGAAAAUUCAUACUAGAGAAAAAUAGCAAUGUAAUGAACAUGGAAUGGCCUUCAAUAGGAAGAUAAUUCUUAUCAA